AUGAUCCGUUUACAACCCACUCCAAACGAUUUUCAAAACAGUUUCAAUUCUCCAAGGAAUAAUCUUGAUUUAACCAACAACACCUCAAUCGGAAAUUUCUCUCAAAUUCCUUCCCAAAAUAUUCCUUCCUCCAUGUAUCAAACUGCAGCAUCAAGUCAAUAUCAACAACCUUCAUUCUUGUACGGAAAUCAAAGUAUAACUUACACUUCCAACAACAAUCAUUCAAGAUCGUCCUCGGCUGCAUCUUUUUCUAGACAAUCGCCGACAGACGGUUCUUUUGGAUUCGAAGCUAACGGUUAUUCUCAAUUGAAUUAUAAUAGAUACGAUCAAUCAACCAACACGGGAAGCACUAUGAAUUCUCAACCUGAUGUCAAAGCAUCUUCUCUUGAGGUGCAAACUUCUCCACACAUGAUCCCCUCAAGUGCAACGUCAUCUGCUACUUUAUCCCCAGAUAGUGGUUUAAAAGUCCUACCUCCAUUAUCUGAAGUUUUCCCACAAUCCACCACGCUCUCUGGUCAAUCCUCAAAUUCCACAGCUCCUUCACCUACUCAAUCUCAAGUGGUUCAAGUUCAAACGCAACAGCAACAACAACAGGCCGCGAACGCCGCUGCCGCUGUUGCCGCAGCUCAGAAUGGGUUCUUUCAAUCGAUUCAGUACCCUGAUGCCGCUUCAUACACCGCUGAUGGUGCGACUUAUGGCUCCGCAACACAGGGUUCCCUAAUGUCACAAGCUCAACAACAAUCGCUCGGACAGCAGGCCGCCGCCUUGAGUCAACAGACCCAAAUCGCUUCAAAUAUUCCCGUCGUGGAUCCACGAACAUUACCAAGACUCGGUGGUGCAACUGCUUCAGAUUUACAACAAGCCGGGAUUCAAACCGCUGCCAUGUUAGAUCCUACGAGACGCGGUAGUAAUGCCUUAUUAGCCAUAAAUACUGGAUUGACGGUUGGUUCUGAGCAAUCACCUUUGAGCGCCGGGUCAUCGACGGGAUCACCGAUCGUUACUGGUGUUCCGGGAGCGACAUUAAAUUACCAACAUCCGGCGGCUGCUCACCAAGCUUUACUCAACAGCCACUUCAUGGCUGCUGCACAAUCCAUGAACAAUAGUGGAAUGUUAGCCUCUUCACAUCGUUCUUUGAAUGGUCGAAAAGGUUACAGACCAGAAGAUGAUAUGAAUUCAACAGGGGAACGUCCACAAAAAGUAUAUUCCUUCGUUGCUCUACCGGGCAUUAACACAAAAAAGCGACCACGAAGAAGAUACGAUGAGAUUGAACGUCAUUAUGCUUGCAACUACCCCGGAUGCACGAAGAGUUACGGUACCCUCAAUCACUUGAACGCUCAUGUACAGAUGCAAAAGCACGGACCAAAACGACACCCCUCCGAAUUCAAAGAACUCCGCAAACAAUGGAGACGACAGAAACGAGAGGAGGAAGAACGUAAAGCUGCGGAAGCUGCUGCUGCAAAGAAUUCCGUCGGGUUAAACAUAUCUCUUCCAUCAAUAUAA